AUGGCUGUGAUCGUCGGUUUUCACGCCGAGACACUCGAAACCGUCACGCUGCCGCAAGCUGUCCUAAAGGAGGACAUCCUCGUAUCAGAGCUUACAAUGACCGAGCAACGGCAGCAUGUGUUCCUUGCUCACACUCAAAGCUUCGCUGCUCGACGGGAAACCCUUGCACUCGCUGCCACAAUAAAGGACUUCCUUGUAGCUACCGCGAAUCAAAGUACACAGGUGGACGCUCUCGAGUUCUCAAGACCCUUGGAGUUUCAAGCAUACGGCCAGACUCUUCGCGUCAUGACGUGGCGAAUCAGCGAGCUAUCUCGCCCCAAGAUCUACUUGAAACAAAUUUGGAAACCCAGAUAG